AUGGGGCGCCUUCGCAAAGAGCGCAAGGAUAUGGCUGAUGCGGCGACGCCGCCAGAUGAGACUUCCAGCGAGCUGGCCGGCGGGCCGGACGCAGGCGAUUUGGAAGGAGAGCCUGCUAUAGCCUCGAGGGGCACGCCGAGCACGCCGGGCACGCAGGAGAGGUUCUUCCGCUGCGAGAACCAUCUGCACCUCAACCUCAACCUUCGGAUUGGGUCGGUCUACCGGGAGUCGGAGUUGCGCAGGAGAUGCGCCCCGGACAAGCUCCCGAAGCUUGAGGAGUUCUUCUCUGACGGGUCCAUGCUGAAGGAGGUCGCAGAGCCCGAGAAUCUCCGUGGAAAAGAGCGAAACCGGCAAGCGGUCUCGAAGAGAGCAGCUCCCCCCGAGGAUGCGCAGGACUUAGAGGGGAAUUCCGGGCUUUUCGGUUGA